CCCGGCCCGGUUCAGCCCAGCCCGGCCUGGCCCGGCUCGGUUCGGCCCCGUGCGCUCCGCCCCCCCGCGGGCGGCCCCAGACCGGGGCGGCCCCGCCCGAGCCUCGCUGCGGAGCCGGGGCCGGAGCCGGGACCGGGAGCGGCGGCGGAGCGAGCGAUGGCAGCCAUCAGGAAGAAGCUGGUGAUCGUGGGAGACGGUGCCUGCGGGAAGACGUGCCUGCUGAUCGUGUUCAGCAAGGACCAGUUCCCCGAGGUCUAUGUGCCGACGGUGUUCGAGAACUACAUCGCUGACAUCGAGGUCGACGGGAAGCAGGUGGAGCUGGCGCUGUGGGACACGGCCGGACAGGAGGACUACGACAGACUGCGGCCCCUCUCGUACCCAGACACGGACGUGAUUCUCAUGUGCUUUUCUAUCGACAGCCCGGAUAGCCUCGAGAACAUCCCGGAGAAGUGGACCCCGGAGGUGAAGCACUUCUGCCCCAACGUGCCCAUCAUCCUGGUGGGGAACAAGAAGGACCUGCGGAAUGAUGAGCACACACGGCGGGAGCUGGCGAAGAUGAAGCAGGAGCCCGUGAAGCCAGAGGAGGGAAGAGACAUGGCCAACCGCAUCAACGCCUUCGGCUACCUCGAGUGCUCGGCCAAGACGAAGGAGGGCGUGCGGGAAGUCUUCGAGAUGGCCACCCGCGCGGGGCUGCAGGUCAGGAAGAACAAGAAGCGCAGGGGCUGCCCGCUGCUGUGAGCGGCCGGCCUGCGAGGCGGGCACAGCCCCGAGCAGCGUCCGGACACCGCAGCCAGAGCUCAUCCCACCCGAGAGCUGCCCCAGGUAGGCGGGCAGCCCCGUGCCCUGCUGGGGGGACAAUGCCUUCAGCUCGGCAGCUCCGUGGUGCCCCAUUUUACAGCCAUCCCCCCAGCUUCACCUGUGCCCUGCGCUGGGCAGGGCUCGCGGCCUGGGGGCUGCUGGCCGCCCCCCCACGGCUUGUGGCCACAGCCUGCUCGGGCCCUCUGCCCCUGCAUGGGACGGUCCCACUGGGGUUUUAUAGGGACUUCAGCCCUGUCUGGGCAGAGCAACGCCACGAGGAGCCGGAGCCAGGCCCAGUUGCUGCCAGAAGUGCCCCCCCAGGGCCCGGUGCCGGGGCAGGGCCUUGUCCAGCCACCUCUGAGGCUGAAUCGCUACGGACUUAGCACCAGUAAAUUGAACUGUGUAAUUGGGAGAAUAAAUGCAAAGUGGUAUUUCA